AUGGCUACUACUUUUACACAUCUCCUGGUCAGUCGAAAAACCGCUGUCUUGGUUGCAACAGUCAGCACUGGAGCUAUGGCUACGGGAUACGUAUUAAAUCACCAAAAUGUGAAAGCUGGAUCUUUCGGACGACAGAAAUUAUUUCCUCCAAGUGCAGACUACCCAGAUCUUCGUAAACAUAACAACUGCAUGGCUGAGUGCCUCACUCCAGCAAUCUAUGCCAAACUGAGGGACCAGAUGACUCCAGCUGGCUAUACACUGGAUCAGUGCAUCCAAACUGGUGUUGAUAAUCCUGGACACCCUUUCAUUAAAACCGUGGGAAUGGUUGCAGGAGAUGAAGAAUCCUACAAGGUAUUUGCUGAGAUUUUUGAUCCAGUUAUCAAAGUAAGACAUAAUGGCUAUGACCCCAAACUAAUGAAGCAUCACACUGACCUGGAUUCUUCAAAGAUUACCCAAGGGCAAUUUGAUGAGCGUUACGUUUUAUCCUCCCGUGUACGCACAGGCCGAAGCAUUCGUGGCCUGAGCCUCCCUCCCGCCUGCUCCAGGGCAGAGAGAAGAGCUGUUGAGAGUGUCAUUGUCACUGCUUUGGCUGGGCUGAAAGGAGACCUGGCUGGAAAGUAUUAUAGCCUGACAACUAUGUCGGAAAAGGAGCAACAACAGCUAAUUGAUGACCAUUUCCUAUUUGAUAAGCCAGUUUCCCCUUUGCUAACUUGUGCUGGAAUGGCCCGUGACUGGCCAGAUGCCAGAGGAAUAUGGCAUAACAAUGACAAAACAUUCCUCAUCUGGAUCAAUGAAGAGGAUCACAUUAGGGUGAUCUCCAUGGAAAAGGGUGGCAAUAUGAAGAGGGUUUUUGAAAGAUUUUGCCGUGGACUGGUAGAGGUUGAAAGAUUAAUUAAAGAACAAGGAUGGGAGUUUAUGUGGAAUGAACAUUUAGGAUACAUCCUGACCUGUCCAUCUAAUCUAGGAACUGGAUUACGUGCAGGAGUUCAUGUUAAACUUCCAAAACUUAGCAGGGAUCCUAGAUUUUCAAAGAUCCUGGGAAACCUGAGACUUCAGAAGCGUGGUACUGGUGGAGUAGAUACAGCUGCUGUAGCAGAUAUAUAUGAUAUUUCCAACCUAGAUCGCAUAGGCCGAUCAGAGGUGGAACUUGUCCGGUUAGUCAUCGAUGGUGUGAAUUAUAUGAUCGAUUGUGAGAAGAAGUUGGAGAGAGGUCAAGACAUCAAGACACCGCCAGCACUGCCCCAGUUUGGCAAGAAAUGAAGCUGCUUCUGGUGAUUAUCAUCUGACUGGAAACUU